CUCUGCCAUUGGUUUUGGUUUUUUAAUAUUUUAUGGUCCGACUCGACUAGACUAGCAGUGACUCGAGGUGAAUUUCAAGCUAUCCUCCCAUCUAUGAAGACGCUGCAUGCAGAUACUCCACUUCCAAAGAGCAACUGAACUCUACCAUAGACUCGAUACUCGCGCCUGUAUGUUUCUGUACCUGUACAUGACAAUGCCUGCUGCAUACCUCAAACAUUUGCGUUCCCGGCGCUCGACUGAGAGAAUCUGCUUGCUCUGUAUCCGCGUGGACUUUGUAUGGAUCCUUGACGACGUUGACGUUGGGUUGCAAUACCGAGCAGAAAAUGCAUGGACAGAGCAUUUGGAGUGCUACUCAUUAUCAGACGAUGAGCCUGAGCCGGCAGAUGAACAUCAUGAACUGCAGCCUGUCGAAGAGCCCGUCAAAGCAGCUCGUGCGCUCUACCAGUUUGAAGGAAAGGCUGAAUUCAGGGAACUGACCGUCGAGGCUGGAGAUGAACUGAACAUUUUGAAGGAAGAAGUUGGAGAUGGCUGGAGUAUGGUGAGAGUGAGCUCUGGUGAAAUAGGACUGUUACCUCAGACAUAUUACACGGACAGUAAAGCCAACCUUUACUUAUAG